CACAAAUUCAAUUCAAAACUACAAUGCAUAUUAAAUUUUUAGUCGCACUUUUUUUAAUCACCAUUAACGUGAUUUAUUCACAGAAGACACAAGAUAAAUCAAAAAAUGAGAAAAAGGAAUUAGAAGAAAUAAAAAAAACACCACAAUAUCAACAAGUUAGAACAAAAGUUAUCAAUGCAUUAUCAGAUAAAAUUGAUAAUUAUGUAUUGGAUCAAAUAAGAAAAAAACAAUAAACAUUAAUUCCAAAUAAUCAACCCCCCUCCAUAAUUUGUUAAAUUCC